UUGCCAUAACUAAGCAUCUACUACAGCUUCAAUCACGAUGGAAGACCAGCAUACAAGCAAGGAAGCACUCUUUGCUGUUGUACUUUUCCCAGGAAAGGAAGGCGCAGAUGACGUAACAAGUGAAGUGCCACAAACAUGGGUCAUUUCCGAAAAUGGUCAAAACAUCUGCCUUUGGCCAAUGAACACGAAAAAUGUCUCCCAUAACAUCGAAACUUGUACACCACCUUCAGACCGUUUCAAAUGGAAAAAAUACAAAGUUAAGAAACUGCGUGAGAAUAUUGAAGGAUAUGAAAAUGCCGAGUUAAUGGAAAAAAAUGCAAGAGAUGGAAAAGAUUCCCAUCUGAGUGAGAUAAGCCCAUCACCCACGAAACAGGCCAGGAGAGCUAAAGCAGUGUUCUCUCCAACCUUAUCGGCUAAAAAGCACCUACGUUUCUCUCCGAAGAGAAAGCCUCAGGAUAAAAGUCAGUAUGAUAAGUUGUACUUUUUCUGAAGGGCAGGGGAAUGUGUUGACGAAGUCCAAUA